CAGAAGCAAGAAAAAAAGUUCAAGCCAAACAAGCAAAAGUUCUCCCGACUGGAAAGCGGAGUCGACAUGGAUGAAAAGAAGCGAAUGGCGUGACUAAACCAAAGAAAUGCGGGCGCUCUUCUUCACGCGCGCGGAGAAUGAUUACUUAGCUGGCAACUUUGCCGUGUUUUGCCUGGACGGACGCCGACACUUGUACAACUGAAGGAAGUUAGGAGCACAGCUGGCUAUGGCGCGGGAGAGCCAAGCAGCCGAGAUGGCCAAGGCUUCUAAAGUCAAGAGGCAGAGGAAGAAGAAGUCGAAGGAGAACAAAACCAGGGUUGUCCACGCAAACCUUCUCUACGACCACGCCAAAAAGGAGGAAAACCCCAACCGACAUUUUGCCAACAACAAGAUAAAGACCACCAAAUACACCCUGCUCUCGUUCCUGCCGAAGAAUCUUUUCGAGCAGUUUCACAGAUUCGCUAAUGUUUACUUUGUCUUCAUCGCCCUGUUGAAUUUUGUACCGGUUGUCAACGCAUUCCAGCCGGAAUUAGCUCUGGCUCCUGUGGUCUUUAUCCUGUCCGUCACUGCCAUCAAAGACCUGUGGGAGGACUACAGGAGACACAGGUCCGAUCAAGAAAUCAAUCACAUGGACUGUCUGGUUUACAGCAGAUCUGACAAACGCUAUUUGGAGAAGUACUGGAAGGAGGUGCGGGUGGGAGACUUCAUCAGACUGCGCUGCAACGAGAUUCUCCCUGCUGACGUCCUGCUGUUGAGCUCCAGUGACCCUGACAACCUGUGCCACAUCGAGACUGCUACACUGGAUGGAGAGACGAACCUCAAGCAGAGGCAGGUCAUCCGCAGCUUCUUCUACCUGGAUUGUGAUUUUGACCCAUUGAAGUACAACAGCGUCAUUGAAUGUGAGAAGCCAAAUAAUGACCUGAACCGAUUCAGAGGAUAUAUAAUACAUCAAAGUGGGAGAAGAGAUGCCCUAAAUAAAGAGAACCUUCUGCUUCGUGGCUGCACGGUUCGUAACACCGAAGAGGCCGUGGGCAUAGUCAUAUAUGCAGGUCACGAGACGAAAGCCAUGCUGAACAACAACGGUCCCCGCUACAAGCGUAGCAAACUGGAGAGACAGAUGAAUGUCGAUGUGUUCUGGUGUGUCAUCAUCCUGCUGGUCAUGUGCCUCUUCGCUGCUAUAGGUCACGGGCUGUGGGUGUUUCAGUACGGAGAUAAGCGACCUGUGUUUGACGUUCUUAGUCCAGAAGGGACAGACUUAUCACCCAUCAUGUCUGCCAUUUAUCUCUUUCUCACGUGUAUCAUCGUAUUUCAGAUGCUGAUCCCCAUCUCCCUCUUCGUGUCAAUCGAAAUUGUCAAGAUAUGCCAAGUGUACUUCAUCCAUCAGGACCUGGAUCUGUACGACGAGGAGACAGACUCUCACCUGCAGUGCCGAGCUCUUAAUAUCACAGAGGAUCUCGGACAGAUGCAAUACAUCUUCUCUGACAAGACGGGUACACUGACAGAGAACAAGAUGGUGUUUCGACGCUGCACCGUGGCAGGUGUUGAGUACUCCCAUGAUGCCAAUGCAAAGAGAAUUGCCAUGUAUCAAGAGAUGGAUUCUGAAGAGGAAGAUUGUACAUCUCAUGGUGGCACGCUGCCGAGACGGGAUAGCGUGACCAGCCACCAUAGUGCCCGAGUGGUGCUGCGCUCCCAUAGCACCAAAUCGCAUCGCAGAACAGGCAGCCGCGCCGAGGCCAAGCGGGCCAGCAUCCUGUCCAAACACACGGCCUUUAGCAGCCCCAUGGAGAAAGAUAUCACACCUGACCCUCAGCUCCUAGACAAAGUCAAUGAAUGCAGCAGUCAAAUGGACUUCAUGCGCUUCCACAGCCAGCCGAUGUCCCAGCUGCCUUCUGACCUCUCUGACAUCAUUGAUUUCUUCAUCGCUCUAACCAUCUGCAACACUGUGGUGGUGUCCUCCCCAAACCAGCCCAGGCAGAAGGUUCGGAUGCGAUUUGAGCUCAAGUCACCAGUGAAAACCAUCGAAGACUUCAUUAAACGCUUCACCCCUGGUCGCCUGAAUUCAGGCUCUAACAACAGCAGUUCGUCCAGCCUCGUCACUAACCGCUCCUCAAAUAAGGGUUGCUCCAGCAUGCUGUCUUCACCAUCAGCAGAUAGCACUCUCACCAAGCUAGACGAGGAACAUCUAGCCUUCAGCCCUGUUCCCCCAUGCUACGACGGCAAGGCCUGGAUUCCACAGGAGGGCGAGCUCCGAUAUGAGGCCGAGUCACCGGACGAAGCUGCGUUGGUCUACGCCGCCAGAGCUUACAAGUGCUCCCUGGUUGGUCGUCUUCCUGACCAGGUGACUGUUGAACUACCACACUUGGGAAAGUUGAACUUCGAGCUUCUGCACACUUUGUGUUUUGACUCAACGAGGAAACGAAUGUCUGUGGUGGUGAGACAUCCAAUGACUGACCAAAUCACUGUUUACACAAAAGGAGCGGACUCUGUUAUAAUGGACCUCAUCAAACCCCCAAAUACAGGUAACUCCAAAGGAAAGCGCCAAAAAAAGAUCAUCUAUAGGACCCAGAAUUACCUGAACCUCUAUGCUGCUGAUGGUCUUCGCACCCUAUGCAUUGCCAAAAAGAUUCUCAGCAAGGAGGAGUACUCCUGCUGGCUGCAGCGCCACCUGGAGGCCGAGAGGGCCAUCCAAGGACGAGAGGAGUUGCUCUAUGAGUCUGCGCUGCGUUUAGAGACCAACCUCCACCUUUUGGGUGCAACUGGAAUUGAGGACCGACUCCAGGACGGUGUACCCGAGACCAUUGCCUCCUUGCGGAAGGCUGGUUUGCAGAUAUGGGUUCUGACUGGUGACAAACAAGAAACGGCUGUCAAUAUUGCUUACGCUUGCAAGCUACUGGACCCUGAGGAAGAGAUCCUGACACUCAACGCUGAUUCUCAGGAGGCGUGUGCUCUGCUGCUGGAGGAGAGUUUACACUACAUCCAGGCCAAAUUCCUCUGCAACUCCACCGACCAUGCAGCCAAAGUCUUUCAAACUGACUUUGUACCCGUAGAGAUCUAUCAAUCUUCUUUUCCUCCUUCAUCCUCCCACACCACUCCCUUCUCAGUGCACCGGCUGGGCCUGGUGAUCGACGGGCGGACGUUGGCCUACGCCCUGGAUAAGAGCUUGGAAGAUAAGUUCCUGGCUGUGGCUAGGAGCUGCCGGUCAGUGCUUUGCUGCAGGUCCACCCCACUGCAGAAGAGCAUGGUGGUGAAACUUGUGCGGAACAAACUGAAGGUCAUGACCCUGGCAAUAGGUGAUGGGGCCAACGAUGUCAGUAUGAUCCAGGUAGCGGACGUGGGAGUGGGGAUCUCCGGGCAGGAAGGCAUGCAGGCAGUGAUGGCGAGCGACUUUGCCCUCCCACGCUUUCGCUAUCUCCAGAAGCUCCUUCUGGUGCACGGACACUGGUGCUACUCCAGACUUGCCAACAUGAUUCUCUAUUUCUUCUACAAGAACGCUAUGUUUGUGGCGCUGAUCUUCUGGUAUCAGUUCUACUGUGGCUUCUCAGGUUCAGCAAUGAUCGACCAGUGGUAUCUAAUUUUCUUCAACCUGAUGUUUUCGGCCUUCCCACAACUCAUCACUGGCACUCUGGACAAAGACGUCUCAGCAGAGACCCUCCAGCAACUACCUCAGCUCUAUGUGAACGGACAGAAUUCUGAGGAAUAUAAGCCAUAUAUGUUCUGGAUGAACAUGAUCGAUGCCUUCUACCAAAGUCUGGUCUGCUUCUUCAUCCCUUACUUUGCCUACGUCGACUCUGACGUGGACCUGUUUACUUGGGGAACCCCGAUCACUGCCAUCACUUUGUUGACCAUUCUGUUACAGCUGGGUAUCGAAACCAAAACCUGGACCUGGAUGAACUGGCUGUCCAUCAGCUUCAGCGUGGCCCUGUUCUUCACAGUUGCGCUGUGCUACAAUGCCUCGUGUCCCAGCUGCUAUUCGCCCUCCAACCCUUACUGGACCAUGCAGCGUCUGAUGAUGGACCCCAUUUUCUACUUGCUUUGCCUCAUCACACCAGUAGCAGCAUUGUUACCCCGAUACUUCUACAGGGCGUGUCAGGGUACUCUGUGUCCAACUCCCGGUCAAGUUGGGAGGCAGCUGGAUAAACUCCCUUCUGAUACUCGCAGGAACAUCCUCAGUCUGAACCAGCUCUGCCACAACCCCCCCCUUUCUCCGCUUCCUAGGUUCUCUGAAGGUUGCAGUAUUCAAAACCAAAGUGAAGAGCAGCCACCGGGGCCUGCAGACACUAGUAAGAGUGUGUCCGAACUGUACACUUUACUUUCCACAGAGACAGACACUCUCCCGUACACCAAAGACCUCACACAGGGGCAGCAGCCCCUUCACACCAAAGACUCUGAAUGUCUCCAAAAGACUUCAACGCCUCAGCUUCCCCAGGCAGACCGUGUUCAGCUGCCCCCCGAGGGAGCAUCGCAGUGUGUCAAAUACUCCAAACACCCGGAGGACAGUGCCCUCUGAUGGCUCACUCGGAGUCUGAAACACUCAUUUGCACAAUAUCUUUAAGAUAGUACUUUUAUUGUAUUUUCAAAGGAGAUUCUUUUAUAAAAGUUUUUAAGAGGUACUUAAUGUUCUGGUUGAAUGUUGUGUUUGUUUGGGAGCUUUUUAUUUUUUUUGAGGGGGGUGGUUUAAACAAAGCUGGAUUGGUAAACUGGUACGGAUUGUGUCAAACCUUUAAAAGCUGGCUCUGAUUCCACUUGUUACUGAAGCACGUCCAAUUUAAGGGAUGUACCCUGCACUUGCUAGUUUUAGCUGCAGGGCAGAAAUGAAGCAGUUUGUGUGUUUCACGUCCAACAAGACUCAAACUUGUUGAUCUGAUCAUCACGACGCUAAGAGCGCUAACAGUCUACGGUUUCUCUGCCAAGUAUUAGAAAUGUACACACGAUGUGGGCUGUGUGCACCAUCUGUAGGGUGAAAUCGCAGUGUGGGACUUCCUGCUGUGUCGCCUGGUUGCCUAGCAACCCCAAAGUGCCUGUAAAGACUCCAGGAAGUCUCCUGGCCUCGCCAGGAAAUACUCAAGCACAUUCCCUUGAGUCACUUCCGUCGCUCCUGGGAAAACUGUUUCCUGUUUUUAUGCUACAAUAAGCUAGCCGUCUGUCAGUGGACAGCUGGUUUGGUAAAGUUAUGUCUCUGUGCUGAGGAAUGUCCGCUGUAAACCAAAGAGUGAUGGGAGAAAUGACAAAAGCACUUUCAGGUGUAGCUAUUCUGUCCACAUCAAGUGAAGGGAGAUUGUUGUACUACAACGCUUUAACUGUCACUCACCAAAGAUCACGUGUCAGAUACCCGACAACAGCAUGAGCCGUCACACUGGAAAAUUAUGUUUGCUGUCCAUGCUGAAGCUGUUUCUACAUAGUUUUCUCGUCUCUUCUCUUCAUGUUUGCGCGCUGCUUUUUAGUUCCGACCAUACAGUCUGUCCAGGUUAGUUUUAUUGGUUCUGUCUGUUCCUGACUUUUGUACUCAGUGUGCCAGAUUGAAACUGCAGCUAGUCCAAGUCUUCAUUCCAACGUUUACAGACUCUUCAGACAAUCUCACACUGAACGUACUCGAUCCGUUGUUGUACUUUUGAAGAUAGUUUUAUAUCUUUGCUCAUGGGAGCUACAGGCUUUUGUCAUUUUCCAAUCGUGAUGUAGCAAACUGAACAACUCCAGACCAGCUUGAAAACAUUCCUUGUUCUUGGGUUUUGUUUUUUGUUUUUUUUUCCUGGAGCAUUUUUUAUUUAAUGUUUUUGUGUACAAAUUAAACGCAAAGAUUG